AUGAAAGUUUUUGAUUGUGUUAUUGAUUACCAUCCUGGUAAAGCUAACGUCGUAGCUGAAGCGUUGAGUAGAAAAGUAGUAGUUGAAUUGCGAGCAAUGUUUGCUCAGCUCAGUAUCAAUGAUGAUGGAAGCUUAUUGGUUGAACUAAAGAUCAAACUAAUGAUAUUUGAUCGGAUCAAGUCAGCGCAGUUAGAUGAUGACAAGCUUCAUAACCGAAUCUGUGUUUCGUAUGUUUCAGAAUUAAAGGAGUUGAUACUUCGAGAAGCUCAUGAUAGUCCUUUUGCUUUGCAUCCUGGAGAAAUGAAAAUGUACUGCGAUCUGCGAGAAUCCUAUCGGUGGCCAGGAAUGAAUAUAGACGUGGUCGAGUAUGUGGUUAAAUACUAUACUUGUCAACGAGUUAAGGCAGAACAUCAUGUUCCCACAGGAUUACUUCAGCCUAUUUCUAUUCCUGAGUAG